ACACACAGAGCGCAGCCCAGUCUGUGGCUGAUCCUCGCAUGUGCCACUUGCUACCCGCUGCUGGCUGGGUGAUGGGGGCAAAGUGACAGCAAAGUGACAGUGACAGCUGAAGUGAAGCUUUAAAGUGGAGAAAAGUACUUGAGGGGAAGCAACCCGGGGGGGAGGCUGGAAGCGAGCGCUGUCCGUCAGCUUUCCGGAGAGCCUGGACCAGGGAGGAUGGACCGAAUGGGGGCCAACGCCACUUUUCUGCAAGAGCUGCUCUGCCGGCAAAACCUGCUGGGCAGAUUAUCCAGCGCCAACCUCACCGGCAAUGUCACCGGCAACCUCACAGGUGGCCUGCAGGGAUUUAACUUCAGCUGUGACCUCCCGGGGCGCAAUAAAAUGCCGAAUGUCUCCGUCACAGAUCUGAAUUGGGUGCGGAUUCUCCUCUACUGCAUCAUCUUCCUUCUCAGCGUCUUUGGAAAUACACUGAUCAUCAUCGUUCUGGUCAUGAACAAACGCCUACGCACCAUCACCAACUCCUUCUUGCUCUCUCUAGCUGUCAGUGACAUCAUGGUAGCUCUUCUGUGUAUGCCCUUCACCCUCAUCCCCAACCUCAUGGGCGACUUCAUCUUUGGAGAGGUCAUCUGCAAGACGGCUGCCUACUUCAUGGGUAUCUCUGUCAGUGUGUCCACUUUCAACCUCGUGGCCAUCGCCAUUGAACGCUACAGUGCCAUCUGCAACCCCCUGCAGUCCCGUGUAUGGCAGACCCGCUCCCACGCCUACAAGGUGAUCGCUGCCACCUGGAUCCUUUCCAUCAUCAUCAUGAUCCCAUACCUGGUCUACAACAGGCUGGUGGCCUUCACUAAGAAGGAGAACAUCGAGGGCUACCAGUGCCGCCUCAGGUGGCCCAAUAACCAAGUGCAGCAGGCAUGGUAUGUCAUCCUGCUGACCAUGCUCUUCUUCAUCCCCGGCGUGGUCAUGACCGUGGCCUAUGGGCUCAUCUCUCACGAGCUCUACAGAGGGAUCCAGUUUGAGAUGGACCUGAACAAAGAGGCCAAAGCUCUUAAAAAUGGAUUGGCGACAGGAGCAACAAUGUCAACUGCCAACAGUGACGAGGGUGACGGCUGCUACAUCCAAGUGAACAAACGCCGCAACACCAUGGAGAUGUCCACAUUGACUCCCAGCAACUGCAGCAAGAUAGACCGGGCACGGGCCAACAAUUCGGAGGCCAAACUCAUGGCCAAGAAGAGGGUCAUCCGCAUGCUGAUUGUCAUUGUGGCCAUGUUCUUCAUAUGCUGGAUGCCCGUCUACGUCGCCAACACCUGGAAGGCCUUCGAUGAGGAGUCCGCAUUUAGAAUCCUCUCUGGGGCCCCCAUCUCUUUCAUUCACCUCUUGUCUUACACGUCUGCUUGUGUCAACCCCAUCAUCUACUGCUUCAUGAACAAGCGUUUUCGCAAAGCCUUCCUGGGAACCUUUGCAGGCUGCAUCAAGCCUUGCCGGCGUUUUCGUGAACCGGAGGAGGAUAUAAUAGCCACCGGGGCGUCUCUUUCCAAAUUCAGCUACACCACGGUCAGCAGUCUGGGUCCUCCUUGAGUAUGGGGGGGGGGGCUCCAGAUGACAGGACUGGGUCCUUGCUCUCUGAACAGAUGGUACAAGGAGUGGAUAAAAUUGCCUGACCUUUGACUUUAGUAAAUCUAAGUGUUGGAUGCACUGUUUAUCUUUUGGUGACUGGAACAAGAAAUGCCCCAAAAGCCUUAAAGCACCACCAACUCUCCAUUUGUUCAGCGUAGUGCCAUGUCUGACUCUUGCUAUACAAAGUCAACAUCUUCUGGACUGACAGCAAGGGCCACUGAAAGUCAAGUAUGCCGACAGGCGGUCUCUCCCCUCAGUGUUGUGUUACUAUAAACUGGAGACGUUACAGAACCAUUAGGCAGUAUGGCUCGCAUCCUGAGUAUUCCGACGUUGGGAUUACCACACUGCUUUGUACAUAUAAGACAUUCUAUUUUUUGGGUGCCAAAUGUAAAUAAAUAAAUAUUCACAGGACACUUUUAAAAAUUACAGGGUCUGUUGAGAUGCAUCAGGAAUAGUAUUUGUGGCAAAACUUGAAUUGAGAGACAGACAUUUAUAUAAGUUGUGUUGACACGGGAACUUGGAGAACAUCAGGACUGUUCAUGGAAUAUUGUAGGCCCCCAACCCCCUCCAUAAGCUGUGCUGAAUCAGGAGUGUGGAAAAUAUCAGGAAUGUCCAAAGCCAAUCUCGUCAACCUGCUCUAUAUGUUAUGUCGACACAGGAGCUUGGAGAAGAUCAUGACUGUCCAAGAAAUAUUACUGAUCCUCACCAAGCCGCUCUUUAAGUUGUGUUAGCUCAGGAGCUUGAGGAAGAUCAGGACUGUUCAAGGAAUAUUGCUGAACCUCACAAACCCCUUACAUAGGUUGUGUUAAGAUCUUGACAGUAUUGUAAUAUUGUACCAUCCCCCUCCAUAAGUUGUGUUGACCCAGGAGCUUGGAGAAAAUCAGGACUAUCCAAGGAAAAUUUGUUGAACCUCACCAACUCACCAUAAGUUGUGUUAACUCAGAAGAUUGUGACAGUCCAAGUAAUAUUGUACCGUCCCCCUCCAAAAGCUGUGCUGAAUCAAGAAUGUGGAGAAUAUCAGGAAUGUCGAAAGCCAACCUCGUCAACCUUCUCUAUAAAUUAUGUCGACACAGGAGCUUGGAGAAGAUCAGGACUGUCCAAGAAAUAUUGCUGAUCCUCACCAAGCCACUCUUUAAGUUUUGUUAGCUCAGGAGCUUUGAGACGAUCAUGGCUGUACAAGGAAUAUUGUAACACCCCUCCUCCAUAAGUUGUGUUGACUCAGGAGCUUGAAGAAGAUCAGGACUGUCCAAGGAAUAUUGCUGAACCUCACAAAUCCCCUACAUAAUUUGUGUUAACUCAGAAGAUUGUGACAGUCCAAGUAAUCAGGAAGAUCUGGACAGUCCAAGGAAUAUACUAAACCUCACCAACCUGCUCCAUAAGUUGUAUUGUCUCCGGAGUUUGGAGAAGAUCAGGACUGUCCAAGGAAUAUAGCUAAACCUCACCAAUCCGCUCCAUAAGUUGUAUUGUCUCGGGAGCUUGGAGAAGUUCUGGACUGUCCAAGAAAUAUACUAAACCUCACCAACCCGCUCCAUAAGUUGUAUUGUCUCUGGAGCUUGGAGAAGAUCAGGACUGUCCAAGGAAUAUACUAAACCUCACCAACCCGUUCCAUAAGUUGGAUUGUCUCGGGACCUUGGAGAAGAUCAGGACUGUCCAAGGAAUAUACUAAACCUCACCAACCCGUUCCAUAAGUUGGAUUGUCUCGGGACCUUGGAGAAGAUCUGGACUGUCCAAGGAAUAUACUAAACCUCACCAACCCGCUCCAUAAGUUGGAUUGUCUCGGGACCUUGGAGAAGAUCAGGACCUUCCAAGGAAUAUACUAAACCUCACCAAUCCGCUCCAUAAGUUGUAUUGUCUCGGAAGCUUGGAGAAGAUCUGGACUGUCCAAGGAAUAUACUAAAGCUCACCAACCCUCUCCAUAAGUUGUAUUGUCUCGGAAGCUUGGAGAAGAUCUGGACUGUCCAAGGAAUAUACUAAAGCUCACCAACCCGCUCCAUAAGUUGGAUUGUCUCGGGAGCUUGGAGAAGAUCAGGAGCCUCCAAGGAAUAUUUUAACCCCCCCCCCUUCAACCCCAUCCAUAAGUUGUGUUGACUCUGGAGCUUGAAAAAGACAAGACUGUCCAAGAUAUAAUUUAGAGCCCCCCACCCCCCCCCCCAACUAUACACGUUUAAUAAAUCCCCUCUACAGCACAAUAGAUCCUGAAUGUUCUUUCCAGGGAGCAUUUCCAUGUGUUAUUUAAUGCAAUAGACCAGAGCAACCAGAACUACCGGCUCAACCACUGCUGCUCUGCUUGUGCCGAUGUGCGGUCAUGUUUGAUUGUGAUGUAUAUAGGACACAUUCUUGUGUAUGGGUUCAUUGGACUUGAGUGUUGUUAGUGAGAUGAUGGGGCGGAUCAGUGCCUGUCUGUACACUGAAUUCUGGGCCAUUGCUCGUUCCCCACCAACGUGUGCAAUAAAUAUUUCACAAGUGGUA